UUUGACUUCCAGAGCGCACCCUCUGGCUUGGCCCGCUGUGGCAGUGAUUGCGCCCAAGAAAAGCGCUAAGGUAGUCACGCUACACCCUACUAACCCCUGUGGUACAUAAUAUAUCUAUACGAACCAUCCCCGGGAACCGCCACUUUGCACUCUUUCUCUUUCCCACUUUCAUUACUGUCUGGCUAGACUUGGUGCACACACACGCUCGUCGCAGACUCUUGGCUACAGCGUUCUUAUCAUCGCAUUGAAUCACUACAUCAAUUCAAUAGACAACACCACUCGAACAAAAACUACUACUUACCCUAACUACUGCACCAUGGGCGAACACGAACCUAUUGUGUCGCACGGCCGUGGAGGCCAAGGAAACAUCGGCGCCGACUCCACCGAAUACGUCGACGGCGGCAUAGUCCGCGAAGGAAUCUACGGUGACCAAGGCGACGGCGCCUACUCAGCCGGCAGAGGCGGCGCCGGCAACAUCGGCUCCCCGCACGUGCGCCCAACAUCCAAGAUCCCACACGACGCGGAGAUAGUUCCCGAAUUGGCGAUUCGGCAGUCUGUCGAUGGGGAUUAUCAUACUGGGCGCGGCGGUCAAGGCAACGUGCACCUCGACGAAGAACAUAAGAAGGAAAAGGAGGAGAAGAAGCAUAAGGGGCCUGCGCAUGAGGGGUUGGCGGAUAAGUUGAAGCAUAAGUUGUUUGGGAGGAAGUAGAUCACUUUCAACAUUGAAUUGGAUGGUUGCUUGGGGUGGAGGAUGAGGUGAGGAGUGUAAUGGGGUGGGGAAGGGUGUUCUAUUCUUAUGUUGUUGCGUCUGAUUUGAGAUUCCCUGUUGCUUUUUUGUUUC